AUGGCGCAACCUUCGAUUCAAGAUUUCGAGCGAGUACUGUCGUAUUCUUUCCAUACAGAUCCCGAAUUUGCCAAUGGUCUCUCAAUCAUACUCGGUCACCCCGACACCCCCGCCACUGAGGCAGAGAUGAAUCGAGAUGAUGACCUUGUUUUACAAGCAAAGUGUUUCUUUUACUCACGAAAAGAAAAGCUCGCCCCAGCGAUUGACUUUGCGGUCUUCAAGUCAUGGUUGGCGUCACAGUCAACGGGAAAGUCCCAAAUUCCAGACAGCCAGGAAGACUCGUCGCAGACAUCUACUGGCUUAUCCCCAGAACAGAACAUGGCGGGUUCAACAAAUGCAGAGCCCGCUUAUCCGUCGUCGUUUGCGCAUAUUGUGGAACUGAUCACUACUGGACAACCAAUUCCCGGAAUCCAGGACAUACCGGAUACAGUGUUGACUGGACAUGAUAUCUCAAGCGAGAAACCCCGACGACGGAAACCCUGGGAGAAGGAAGACCUGGAAACCGCUCCCAGUGAGACCGCAACUGGUGCUCCCUGA